AUGGGGCACUUUGUUGGAAUCACCGGCACAGGCUUUGUUGGUACAAACGAAAAAGCGGCCGUGACAUCCUACAAGCCAUGUCACAUCUUUGGUGAUCAGAUGCUCAUCGGCACUGGUAUUCGCACCGGCUUCUAUCUGUUGUAUGGCGCCGCCAUCAUCGCCAUUCUCUUUGGCGUCGACAAGCAGUUUCGCUUCUGGCACGGCGCGUGGGGCAUCCUGGCUCUGGCUUUGUUCCUAUCUUUGUUUCUCAACGUCGUCGACUACAGCUUAAUUGUCAUCGACUAUGCUGUCUUGAUCCAGCUCGUUCUGUGGUACCCUGUCUACUUCGUCUUCAGCGUUCUCUUCCGUCAGGCGCUUGUGAUCUCAGGGAAGACCGAAACCAAGCCGGAUGACGAGUACCGGGAGCGUUUACAGAGAUGCCGAAAGGGCAGUGUGACGGAUUUAGAUAUUGCUCGUGCUCGAGCAUAUGCGGAUGUUCUCAAGGCCUUCGCGCUCCACGCGGCGACGGAAGAGGCUGGGGGCGACUACGACUCCAACCGGGUCGCCCUUGUGCAGGCGGUUCAGCACUAUGUUUCUCACUGGCAUCAGUCAAUUGAGAUUGAGGAGAGCCGGAGGAGCGAAGAUGGAGGCGCUGUCACCACGGUUUACAAUAUUGAGCUUGUGGAGGAGAUCGCAGCUGCUCCCACCCGUGCCGAUAUCGACAAGCUUCGCGAUCUGUAUGUCGCUGCGCUAGUCCACUCGCAGCAGUCGGUGACUGAGGCAAGAGCUUCUGAGCAGGAGGUUGCCCUGAUUGCUUCAGAGGAGCUGCAAAUUAAGAAAAACGUUCGCUCUCCCAAGCAAGCUCUCCGCCAUUUCCUCCUGACGGCCAGCUACAAGGACCAGUUGACGGCAGCGAUCGGACUGUUGGUGUGGUCAGCUUACAUGUGGGGGACUCCAGCUCUCAAUUGGCCUCUCCUGCACCACGGAAACAAGGAGGGCACUUGCGACAACGCUCCGACGGUGUAUUUCGUUUUCGCGCCUAAGAAGCCAUUCGCUGAUUCAGGGUUCAAGACCUUCCUGCGCAUCUGGACUGUUGGUGUUUGCAUCGUUGCCUUCCUCACGACUCUCGCCGGCGCGCUUCUCUUACUUAUCGGCGUGUUUGGCCCUGGCUUUGUCGGCCUGGGUUCUUCGAAGAGAGGCAGGCAACAAAAGUCGGUCGAGGCUGGGUACGACAGCCACGUUCAUGAUGUUCAGAGCUCACCGGACUACUCAUGCAAGGCUCGUGGGCAGCACACUCAGGAAAUUCUAGCUUGCCUCUACUAUACCGAGUCUCGGGCGAUUGAGCACCGUUAUCACAGCCGGACCACUUCGCCAGUGAACUUCAGUCUCUGGAAUAUCCCGUGGGUUAUUCUGCUGGCCGUGCUGCUGGUCGUCACCAUUAUUUGCAGUGAGUCGACGGUCAAGAGGCAGGGACCGAACAACGAUACUCCUUUGGACUUUGCUCGGGCACCACUCCAUGAAACGGCUGAGCUUCUGGCGUUUUUGAUCGGCCUGUAUACCAUUUUGUUGACACUCCUCAGCGUUUUGAGCGCCUUUGUCGCUCUGGUCCUGCGGAAUCAUCGCCGUAAGAACAAGCAUGUCCACGGCCAUUUGAAAAAGGAAAAAGAAAAGGAGAACCCUUCAAAGAGGCAGUAA